AUGGCUGAAAAUAUUCAUCCUAAAGCACUCCAAAUACCAAGUAUUUCAGGUUUAGCUAACCGUAUUCAAGAAAUUAUUAAUGAAUUAUAUGAAGAUAAUAAAAAAUUAAAAGCCGAAAACGAAAUAAAUACAAAAGAAAACUUAGAAUACGAAGAAACUUUAAAAAACUUAAAUAAUCAAAUUAACAUCACUUUGAAUAUAUUUAAAUUAUCAUAUAAUAUCAAUGAUAAAAUUGAAAAAAAAAUAGAAUUAGUUGUGGAAGAUGCAAAAACUUACAAAGAAAUCGGAUAUGUAUAG